AUGUCCGUCUUUCUCAUUCUCAUCCACUUCACCCCCCCCGCCGAAUGGCUCGACAUGAUCCGCCAGACGUACCCCGACCUGCGCGUCGAGGUGCAUCUGACGGACAUGUACUCGCUGGAGCUGCCUGCCAUCGCCGCCGAGACGUGGGCCGAGACGACGGUGCUGUUCACCUGGAAGCUCUUCCCGACCAAGGAGAUGGCGCCCAAGCUGCAGUACGUGCAGCUGCUGAGCGCCGGCGCCGGGCAGAUCAUGGGCCUGCCCGUGUUUGAGAGCACGGAGAUUGCUUUUUGCACCUCGAACGGCGUGCAUCCCCCCCAAAUCGCCGAGUGGGUGUUUUCCACCUUCCUCGCCUUCCAGCAUCAUAUCCCCGAGUAUCUCGACAACCAGCGGGAAUCCAAGUGGAUCGACCCGGUCACUGACGAGGACACCGAAGACGCCGUCGGGUUAAGAGUGGGAAUCAUGGGCUACGGCUGUGUCGGCCGGCAGGUCGCCCACGUCGCCAGAGCGUUCGGGAUGAACAUCCACGCGUACACGCUUCACGAGCGGGCGACGGCGGAAUCCCGCAAGUCGGACGCCUACACGGAAGCCGGGCUCGGCGAUCCUGAAGGCGUGCUGCCUGCUCGCUGGUUCUCGGGCAAGGAGCAGCUCGACGAGUUCCUGGCCUCGGACCUUGAUCUGCUGGUCAUCACCCUGCCGCUGACCAAGGAGACCGACAAGAUGCUGGGCCCCGAGCAGUUCGCCCUGCUGAGCAAGAAGAAGACGUACGUGAGCAACGUCGGGCGUGGAGGCGUCAUCGACACCGACGCCCUCGUCGCCGCCCUCGAUCAGGAUCUCAUCCGCGGCGCGGCGCUGGACGUCACGGAGCCGGAGCCCCUGCCGGAAGACCACAGGCUGUGGAAGUUCAAGAACGUCAUCAUCACGCCGCACUGCGCCGGCAACUCCAACCACUAUUACGAGCGGGUGCUCAAGAUCCUGGCGUAUAACCUGCAGAGACGGGCAGAGGGGAAGCCGGUGGUCAACCAGGUGAGCCGGUCGUUGGGAUAUUAG